CUGGCUUCCUGCGGUGAUGGACGAAGGGCCAGCGGGACUGCCGCCUUUCUCCCGGCUUUUCUGAGGGCCCGCGAUUGGCGAUGGGGGGCCCAGGGCUCUGCGCCGGAGCUGAUGCUCCUCAGUUUACUUUUCUGUAAAACAAGAGCAUUGGAUUAGAUGACUUCCGAGGUCUCUUCCAGGCCCAGGCUCCUUUCCCAGCCGAAGCGGCCGGCACGUUCUCUCUUCUCCCCGGCUGCUGAGGGUUUGCCGGGGGUCUUCAGUGAUGGAGAGUGGGCAUGGAGGGGGGUCUCGGUCCUAAUUCCCUCAGAACAGGGAGCGCUCAGUCAGUAGUCACUGACGCGGGACAGAGAUGACGGCCUGGAAGGAAGGAAUGAGGAAGAAGGGGCGGAGAGCCCUGUGGACUGACCAGGGAAGGAAUGAAAGCACAGUACCGGAGCUAUCUGACCAUAGAAAACUCCUGGAGAAAGUCAGUCUAUACCAGGUGGUGAAGAUGAGAAAAGAAGUGAAGAGGACUCGAGUUUUGGUUAUUCGCAGGCUUACCAGGCAUCUUGCCAAAUUGAAGUCAAAGAAGGGCACCGAAGAUAUAUUAUCAAAAAAUCAAAGACGAAUACAACGAUUACUUGAGGAAAUUCAUGCCAUGAAGGAUAUAAAACCUGAUGAAGUAACCAAAUCUGCUCUUGAUGAUGAUAUCAACUUUGAAAAAAUCUGCAAAAAGCCAGAUUCUACGGCAACUGAAAGAGCAAUUGCUAGACUAGCUACAUAUCCAUUACUGAAGAAAAAAAUAGAUGCACUAAAAGCUGCUAUCAAAGCAUUUAAAGAUGCAAGACAGACUAUUACUGAAGUCAAAUCAUUGAAAGAUUCUUCAGAAGAAAAUCACAAUGAGGAGACAGGGGCAGAGCAGAGCUCAACUGACAAUGUCAAUAAAUUCAAACACCAAGAAAGUACAGUAAAAAAGGAAGAAAAUAUCAAAAUGCUAUCGAAGAAGCCAACCACACUUGAAAAAAAAAUGAAUAAGAUGGAAGACAAAGAAAAAGCAGGGAUUCCUCCCCAUAUGGCAAUAAAACCUUCUCAAGAGCCUUCUCUGAUUGCUUUAAAAACCCAAAAUAAGGAAGAGAAGAAUCCUGCUGUCACAGACAAGAUAAAUAGAACCGAAGUUUCUACCAUCAGCAGUGAUGAUGGCAGUGAUGUAGAAGAACAGAGUGAAGGAGAGAAGGAAUAUUUUGAUGAUAGCACAGAAGAAAGGUUUUAUAAACAGUCUUCAUUAUCUGAAGAUAGUGAUAGUGACGAUGAUUUCUUUAUUGGGAAAGUUAAAAGGACCAGAAAGAAGGAAAAUAACGGCUCUUCUUCAGUUAAGGAGGAAAAGACUUCCCAAAAAGUGUCACCUGAAAAAGAAAAGCUUGAGAAACUAGAGAGUAUGGUGAUGAAAGUGAGGCCAAAUACAAAAGCCAGGAAGCUAGAAUCAACAUUUUUUUCUUCUUUAUCUGAAUCCAGAAGGACAAGAAGAAAUGCCAGAGAACAGCUUCCUAAAAACAGAAUUCCAGCUUUUCAACAAAAUGAACCUCAGAUCAAGAAUCACCUUGACAGGAGUAUGUCUACAAGACACGAAAAUAAGAAGCAGCAAUUGCAGCAGCCCCUUCAUCCUUCUUGGGAAGCAAGCCGAAAGCGAAAAGAACAGAUGUCUAAAAUCACAGUAUUUCAAGGGAAAAAAAUUACAUUUGAUGAUGACUAGAGCUUUCUUUUUUUUUUUUUUUGGUGAAUUUUUACAUUAGUUAAGAAGAUUCCCCUAUUUUAUGAUAUAUUUGAGAUGAUAAUUUUGACUCUUUUUUUUUUUAGUCUCAUUUUCUUUUGACUACUUUUAGGAAACAGGAGGUAUUUUUUUUCCUAUUUUGUUUUAAUUCCAGUAGUUUUAUAAUUGAGUUUGUGUGUGUGUGUGUGUGUGUGUGUGUGUGUGUAUAUAUAUAUAUAUAUAUAUAUAUAUAUAUAUAUAUAUAUAUAUAUAUGGUGUACAUAUGCUAAUUAAAUUGCAUUUUAAAAUAAAAAAUACUAUGAUAAUGCCCAUAAGAAAAUCAAAUAUCAUGUUCUUGAAAAGUUUUAAUUGCCUAACAUUUUGCUAUUUCAUAUUUAAAGAUAUUUUUUCAUUGUACUUUUUUAUCUUAGAUUAAUCUGUUUUUAUUUAUCAUGAACAGUGUAUCUCCUGUUCAGCUCUCUCUUAAAAAAAAGUAUGGUGAUAUAUUGAAAAACAAUUUAAGACUAUGAAAAUUUAACUCACUUUUAAGAGAAAAGUCAUAAAACAAUUUUUAAAAGUUGAUCCUGUUAUCAAAACUCCUGUUAUCAAAAAUAAAAGUAUCAAAGUUGUCAUAUACAUGUAAUUAAUAUUUAUAUUAUAUUUUCAAGAAGUUAAAAAUGCAAUCCAAACACUUUAGGUAAAAUGUUUUUCUUAAUUUUUAAACUCAUCUACAGUAAAUUUCUUUUAAAUCAGAAACUCAUUGCAUGAUACUAUUGGACCAUAAUCUCUUAGAAAAACCUUCACUGAGGAACAGUAUAUUAUAGGAGGUAAAUUUCAGAACAGAUCUAAAUUGGAUAAUUGCUUCUACUUUCAAGUUGACCAAGGACAGACUACUGACAUUACUCACUAAGAAAGGUACUACUACUGAAAACGCCACAAGUUUUAUUAUUUAAUAGGAAACCCCUACCCAUCCCCCACAAAAAGUCUUAAGAUUCUUUUUUUCUCCUCUCAGCUGGGAGAAAUUAAAGGUUCUUGGUUAACUGAAUAACAAGCAUGAUCAAUUCCAUAUGUACUAAGAGUUUACACUGCAUUAAUGGCAGGAAAAGCCAUCUGGUUAGCAGGAAAUUCAUCAGCUCUGAAAAGUUAUUUCUACGUUCCAUUAUGAACUUAAGGACUUAAAUAACUAAGAACAUAGAGUCUACAGAAAUGUUCCAGAAAAAAUGGAAGCUCUAAUGAGCUACAUUUGUAGAUUUGUUACACUGAGAUGGCAAAACAUGAGGUGGGAAAGACCAUCAAUGGUAGAGAAUAAAAAUACAGACUAUUUACGAGCUUGUGUUAUCCUGCCCCUUACUCUCAUUGGCUACCACUCCCACAUCUCCUCUCCUUCCCCUCUUUUCCUCCCCCCAAAAGUUCACUUUUAUUUCAUGGACAAGUUUUAAGUGUUUGAACUAAGAGGAACUAUUAGAUUGGAGUUUGGAAUGCAUGGGAUUUGAAUUUAUGGGGCAUCUACUGCUCUCCAAAGUAUGGUAUUGUUUAGCAAAGAUUCUAUUCAGUUAAGCCUAAAAUUGCCACUUCCGUUUAUUUUGAUUUAUAGCAUUACCACUCCCCUACAUUGGUUAAUGUCCCUGAAUUUAAUAUCAUGAAUAGCACAGGCCUGGGAGACAGUUAUUUGCCGUCAUGUCUUACAUCUACAAGUAGCAUUCACAAUUAGAAGGGUCUAGCUCCAAAUUUGUACAGACCUGGAAUGGAUUUGGAUUUCAGUCAUUUUUCUUAUGUCCAAUCUUUUCUCCAAGACAUUGAAUGAAACAAUGGUCGUCCUGCCUCUCUGGGUAGCCUAUAUGAGGGUAGUUGUAAAAGUUCUGAAAAAUCUUUAGGACCAUAAUAUCAAAGCAUUGUGCAAUGCCUAAGUACCUCAUAACCAUACAUGGUAAUAUUCUUUGCAUUUUGGAACACGUGUUUCUCUUCUAGGAAAAUUUGUUUUGAGAGAAAGCCAUCUUUCUGUAUGUUACAUUCAGUAAAAAAUAAAGCUUUGUUUUGUUGUUUUUUCAGCAAAGCCAAAACUCUGUGCAUAGAGAAGAGCUGUUUGUUAUUAUUUCCAAACCCAAGUACCCCACCUCAACGUAUUUGGCUGUUCCCAUUUUAAUAAAGAAAAGGGAAUAGUUUAGUCUGUCUUUUAAUAUCUGUCAUCAGUUCCAUGAAUUGGAAGUUUUGUACUAGAAAGGCUGAAACUUUUCAAUACUUUUUGAUUUGCAUUUUUAGUUACUUGAUUUUGUAUUCUUUAAGAGUAUUCCUUCACACAUCAGUGUAUAUCAAAUGUAGACAACUUUCUGGUAGUUCAAAUGUGGUAUGCAGGAAAUAACUUUCCCUUUUAAUUCUUUAAAUUGUAGCAAGAUUUUUGAAAUAUAUUUAAUUAAUUUCACUUUUUCAUUUUUUUAAAUUAAUGUAUUGAGAGGUAUUAGCAAAGUCACAGUUCCCUUGAAACCUGUGGUUAUGUGAAUAUGUUUACAUAGGACAUAUAAUUCACAUGGUGUACAUGUUAUAUGUGAUAUUAAACAUAUUAAAGUUUUUUAAUAUUUACACAAGACAUAGUGGCUAGAGAGCUAGCCCUGGGGUCAGGAAGACCUGGAUUCAAGCCUUGCAUAUGACACAUAGUGCUCUGUAACCCUGGAUGAUUCACUUAUGUUCUCCUUGCCCUAGGCAACUCUCCAAGACUAUCAGUUGCAGAGAAAGACCUAUCCUCUAUUAGUAGAGGGAGUUUCCUAUGCCUAUGACAUCACUGGUCUAUUCUCUAUCCUCUUAUUUCCACAUAGAAUAUAGACAGGAUGUGGUAAUCACAUAACAUAUGUAUAUUCCACAUGCAAAUAUCCUGUUUGAGUCCUUGACUUAAGAAAACAAAAUUUAUCAAUGACAAACAUAGCAAUUAUCUGUUCCCUUCUACCACCUUAUCCUUGCAGUGCAGUGGAACUAGUAAGGAAAGAGAAAAAGAGUAAUAUGAAUAGAAUAAUAGAGCUGAAAAAGACCCCUGAAGCCAUCUAGUCCCAUCCCCUCAUUUUACAGAUGAGAAAAUUGACCUCUCCACUCUUCCAGUCCCCCAGGUUAAGUGGAUCACCCAUUGUCAUGUGUGUAAUAAGCAGUCUAAAUUGAGUCCCAUGUUCUCUGACCUCAUAUCCAAUAUUCUUUUCAGCCCACCAUGUUGUCUUCUGUUUAUUUUGCAUUUACUUAAAACAAAGCUGUACCCUCAAUAAAUGUUUGCCUGGGGUUUAUUAGUCUAGACUUCUAAUGUAGAAAUUCCAUCACUGAUACAGGGCAACAACACCUCUUUAAUUUUUUUUUUGGGGGGGGGUGAGGCAAUUGGGGUUAAGUGACUUGCCUAGGGUCAC